UUUUUUGCUGAGAAAACUUCCUGACCUGGCCCCAGAUGGCACCUUUCCCCACCUGGAUACCUUGGGAAUGAAGUUUGAGGGAGCUAGGAGUGAGAGAGAGAACCACGCAGCUGAUGACUCCGAGGAAGGGGCCCUGGACAUGUGCUGCAGCGAGAGGCUGCCGGGUUUCCCCAAGCAGCCGGUCGUGAUGGAAGGGCUGGACAAGGCCGAAGAACUCCCUGACAAGCAGAGAGAGAUGCCACCGCCCCCACUACCCUCACCACCCUCAGAGCCAGCUCAGAAGCCACCACCUCCAGGCGGGAGCCACUCCCUCACCAUAAGGAGCAGCCUGUGCCUGUUCGCUGCCACUCAGUUCCUGCUUGCCUGUGGGGUGCUCUGGCUCAGCGGCCAUGGCCACACCUGGCUGCAGAAUGCCACAGACUAUAUCUCCUCUUCGCUCACACUCCUGAACCAGCUGGAACCUGAGGCCUGGCUGGACGCUGGGACUUGGGGGGUCCCCAGUCUGCUGCUUGUCUCUCUGUCUGUGGGCCUGGUCCUCGGUACCACACUGGUGUGGCAUCUCCUAAAGCCCCCCCCAGAACCACCCACCCCACUGCCACCAGAGGACAGACGCCAGUCAGUGAGCCGCCAGCCCUCCUUCACCUACUCAGAGUGGAUGGAGGAGAAGGUUGAGGAUGACUUCUUGGACCUGGACCCUGUGCCCGAGACACCUGUGUUCGACUGUGUGAUGGACAUCAAACCUGAGGCAGACCCUGCCUCACUGACCGUCAAAUCCAUGGGUCUGCAGGAGAGGAGGGGUUCCAAUGUCUCCCUGACCCUGGACAUGUGCACUCCAGGCUGCAACGAGGAGGGCUUCGGCCACCUCGUGUCUCCACGUGAGGAGUCGGCCCACGAGUACCUGCUCAGCGCCUCCCGUGUCCUCCAAGCGGAGGAGCUGCAUGAGAAGGCCCUGGACCCCUUCCUGCUGCAAGCGGAGUUCUUUGAAAUCCCCAUGAACUUUGUGGAUCCAAAAGAAUAUGACAUCCCUGGACUAGUGCGAAAGAACCGGUACAAAACCAUCCUGCCCAAUCCUCACAGCAGAGUAUGUCUGACCUCGCCAGACUCCGACGACCCUCUGAGUAGCUACAUCAAUGCCAACUACAUCCGGGGCUAUGGUGGGGAGGAGAAGGUAUACAUCGCCACACAGGGACCCAUUGUGAGCACGGUUGCCGACUUCUGGCGCAUGGUAUGGCAGGAGCACACGCCCAUCAUUGUCAUGAUCACCAACAUCGAGGAGAUGAAUGAGAAAUGCACUGAAUAUUGGCCAGAGGAGCAGGUGGUGUAUGAUGGCUUGGAGAUCACUGUGCGCAAAGUCAUUCACACCGAGGAUUAUCGGCUGCGAAUCAUCUCCCUCAGGAGUGGGACUGAAGAACGAGGCCUGAAGCAUUACUGGUUCACAUCCUGGCCUGACCAGAAGACCCCAGACCGGGCCCCUCCACUCCUGCACCUGGUACGGGAAGUGGAAGAGGCAGCCCAGCUGGAGGGGCCCCACUGUGCCCCCAUCAUUGUGCACUGCAGUGCAGGGAUUGGAAGGACCGGCUGCUUCAUUGCCACCAGCAUCUGUUGCCAGCAGCUGCGGCAUGAGGGUGUUGUGGAUAUCCUGAAGACUACGUGCCAGCUCCGUCAAGACAGGGGUGGCAUGAUCCAGACAUGUGAGCAGUACCAGUUUGUGCACCACGCCAUGAGCCUCUAUGAGAAGCAGCUGUCCCGCAAGUCCCCAGAGUGACCACGCACCUCCUCUUGAGGUCCUCUGGGCACUGCCCAGCCUGAGUCUGGGUCCUCAGUCCAGCCACCUCCAGGGCCUUGCCUUGGACUCUGGGCCUGUUUCAAUCUCUUCUCCAUCCUCCUCCUUUUCUUCAGUCUGCUCCUUCCCUCCUCUGUUAGCCUGGCCUAGCCCCCUACCCCCAACCUAGCUCUUCCUACUGUAUAUAUUGGGGAGUUGAGGGGGGCAAGGGAGGGAUGUGCCAGGCCAGGCCUGGGGGCCCCAAGGCCUGACCCACACCACGCAGACCUGGGGCCUCAUUUUUAACCAUGGUUCCAUUGCUGUUUGAUCCAAAAUGUUUCUAUGCGGCAUCUGAGUGUCCUGCCACAAUGUGUCUGCCCAUCCAUCUCUGCUGUCUAUACCGGACACUGUGUCUCCUUGGCCAGGAAAGGGGUAAUUAGCUCCAGUUCCUAAGUAGCCAGGCAGUGGUACCUGCCUUGAGGUACCCUUAUGUCCGUCUACUUCUCCCAACAGGCAAACUGUGUUUUAUUUUCUGCCCAAUUUUUGGGACUAGGAUGUAGAGGACAGGACUGAAGACUUAGAAGCCAGGCAAAGGAGCUCUUGAUGGGUUGGUAGCAAAAACCGAGCUGGGGAAGGUUUCUAGGUCAGGGUGAACAACAUGGUCAGAGUGGCUUCUGGGUGUCAGAUGCCCCUCAGGAGCCAAUGACCAGCCUGUGAGGCACUGGAAAUGUAGGGGACAAGUGGGGAUGGAGAGUCCAAAGGACCUGGUUGCAGGAAAAUGGGAGCUCCAAGGCUGAGUUAGGGUAAGGACUUGGCUUCUGAUCUGUGUGGGACAUUUCUCUGUGUCACUGUGGGAAAGCCUCCCCAAAAGUCUCGCUGCGUGUCACCGUGCGUGUGUUCCCGUGUCCAUGCGUGUGUUGAGAGCCCGUCAGCAGGGCAUGCAUGACUCUUUGGCCACAUGUGUUAUCUUGGAGCCACGUGUUUCUAUUGCUGACUUUAAGUAUUUAUUCCACGGCAGACAGAGACAUUUGAUGUCUUUUUAUAAUUCGCUCGUGGUCAUUGAAUAGAGCAAUAAACAGCA